UCCACUUUCCGGCAAGCACCAGGCACAUUCACACUGAUCUCAUCUCCGUUGUCACCGUGCUUCAUACCCAACAAAAUGGCAUCUGCCUUCGGAUCAUCAAUGCUCUCUUCUGAGCCAGGCUUUUCCUUCUCACAAGCUCCACAGAUGCGUUCAGAGCCACGACAGCACGGUUUCUACCCCUACACGGACAAUGGUGGUUCAACGCUUGGAAUUACUGGUCAAGAUUUCGCCGUGCUCGCUGGUGACACUCGCUCUACCUCUGGCUACAACAUCAACACACGCUAUGCGCCGAAAUUGUUUCGAAUUGGAGGAGACGGACCGAACAAUGAAGGAGCUAAAAUUGUGCUAUCUGUGGUUGGUUUUGCGGCCGACGGAAAUGCGUUGAAGGAGCGCCUAGACACUAUCGUCAAGAUGUACCGUUACCAGCACGGCAAGGACAUCUCAGUACACGCAUGUGCACAGCGGCUCAGUCACAUCCUCUACGGCAAGCGAUUCUUCCCAUACUAUGUCACAGCGAUCCUAGGUGGACUGGAUGAGGAGGGAAAGGGAGCUCUGUACAGCUAUGAUCCUGUUGGAUCUUAUGAGCGGGAACAGUGUCGUGCGGCCGGUGCAGCGAGUUCUCUCAUCAUGCCCUUUUUGGACAACCAGGUAAACCUGAAGAACCAGUACGAUCCGGCAUCAGCGCAGGGUCUAGAAAAGAAGGCAUUGCAGCCUCAGCCUUUGCCACGGGAGCAUGUCAUCGAACUGGUACGUGACGCAUUCACGAGCGCAGUCGAGAGGCACAUCGAAGUCGGUGAUGGGCUACAAAUGAUGAUCAUCACGAAGAACGGCAUUGAGGAGAUCUACUCGGAGUUGAAGAAGGACUGAGCAAGUACGAGAACAAUGCAAACUAUGUGAAACGAAAAGCAUGUACAAUACCCUGUAGC